AUGGAAGUUAUGUCUCAAACUUGCAGAAAGAUCAUCACAAACCCAUCUCCGAGACCUCAUCAAACCCUAGCUCCGGUCAAAGCAAUCCAACAGACCAAACUGAGCCUUAAGUCGAAGAAGGAGAGGUGGGUUGGUACAGCUAGAUGUGUGGCUUCAGGCUCCGGUUAUGCAGCGGCAAUGGAGCCAAUUAAGCCGGAGGAAGAGGAGCUAACUCAGAGAAGAGGGAUUUGCGGCGGAGAGGCGAACAGAGGAGUAUGGGAACUUUUGGAGUGCCUUGAGAAAGAAGCUAUUAUGGGAGAUGAUGAUGGGAGAGACCCAAAUGAUUAUAACAGAAGAGCAAAGAUUUUUGAUAAAAGUUCUAAGAUCUUUAAGAACAUCNAAGAACAGAGAGAUCAGUCUCAUGAAUAA